ACUCCGCCAACAGCCAGAGUCGUCUCGGUUUUUCUGAGCUUUUGAUUUUAGUUUUGUCGCCAUGCCUUCUGAAAGCGUACGAUGGGAAACUUUGGAGGCUUUAAAGAACUCCCCGAAGGGGAAAGUCAGCUUCGACCCGUUCUGGUCGGACCGCGGCGAGGAUAUUUUGGCAGGUUGUAAAGAAUCCCUGAGUUUAUCCUCCAACACCGGGAUUGUGCUGGAGCGCCUCAGCUCUCUGUCCCUGCAGAAGUCCUCUUUCCUGGACUCCAGCUCCAGAGAUACCAGUACCGUUCUCUCAGAAGGGACUUCAGCCGCAGCAUCCAUAGCUGAUGCCACACAUCCUGCAGCACCGUCUCUGAAGAACCACUACGAGCAGGCUGAAGAGGUGAAGGAUGAAAGUUCAGAGACAGAUGUCAGCCAAGUUUCCAGUCAUGCGUUACCGCCUGCCAUUUCCUUGCUGUCCCCCAAAGCCAUGGAGACGGCCGGCGUCAUCAUCAGGUUUGAGGAGGAGCAGCGAGAAAAGGCCAAGCUCGCCCUCAGACGGCGGCAGGAGAUGCAGGAUAAGCUGGUGAUGGAGGUGGCGAUCUCCGAGUCGGAGCAGCUGAAACGCUUCGAGGAACUCACGGAGCUGAAGCAGAGGCAGGAGUUCCAGAGUAUCAGGGACAUGAUGGACAGAGAGACCAAGGAGAGCAUGGGCCGUCAAGAGAAGCUGAAGGAAGAGCAGCGACACAGAACCAAGAUCAUGAAUCUACGUUUGAGGGAGGCGGAGCAGCAGCGCCUUCGUGAGGCGGGCUUUGAGAGACAGAGGCAAGCGGAGGGCAGGGAGAGGCUGCGUAACCUCAACACCAUCCAGGAGGAGGUCCUGCAGCUCAACAAGCUUCUAGAGCCGACCAGCCAAACCAACACUGAGCUCCCACAGGCCAGUCUCAGCUCCUACAGCACCCGCGGGAACCAGCUCUGCUCCCAGGUGUCCGAGGUGGUGAGGAAGACUGCCGAGGGCGAGUUUCCCAGCGUGGAGGACAUGGCCGUGGCGGAGCGAGCCCUGCACGAGAUGAGGGCGCUGAUCCGGCUGAUGCGGGAGGACGUGGCCAAGUUGCUGGAGAGGAAGAAGAAGGAGCAGGAGCAGGAAGAGGAGCGCAGGAGACAGGAGCAGCUGCAGGCGCAGAAGGAAGCACAGAAGAAGGCGGAGGAGUCGGCCAAACAAAAGGCGCAAAGACAAGGGCUGCAGACCAGCGCUGAAGACGUCACACUGAAGUGGUACAAGGAUCUGCAGGAGUCGGCUGCUCGGUGUGCGCUGUCCUUCGAGCAGCUCAACUCUCCCAAAGACACCCAGACAAAGAAACUGAAGCUGGAACUCCAAAAAGCGGCCACCAUCCCCGUCAGUCAAAUCUCCAGCAACUGUGGAUCGCAGCUGCAGGAAAUCUUCGACAAGAUCGACAAGCUGCUGUCGGGUCGGCCGGUGGUGUCCGGCGGGAGGUCGGUGGCCACCUCGCAGCACCCACAGGCUCUGGACUUCGUCAGCUACAAGCUGGCUGAGAAGUUUGUGAAACAAGGUGAGGAGGAGGUGGCGUCCCACCACGAAGCAGCCUUCCCCAUCGCCGUGGUGGCCUCUGGUAUCUGGGAGCUGCACCCUCAAGUGGGAGAUCUCAUCUUGGCCCACCUGCACAAGAAAUGCCCGUACGCAGUGCCACACUACCCCCCGAUGAAAGACGGCACAGCCGUGGAGGAGUACCAGAGAAUCCUGGGUUACCGCGUGGACGACGGCACAGUCGAAGGUCAGGACACUUUUCUGAAGAGGAUGUCGGGGAUGAUCCGACUCUACGCCGCCGUGAUCCAGCUGCGGUGGCCGUACGGCUCCAAGCAGGGGUCUGUGCCUCACGGGCUGAACCACGGUUGGCGUUGGCUGGCGCAGAUGCUCAACAUGGAGCCGCUGGCAGACAUCACAGCAACGCUGCUGUUUGAUUUCCUGGAGGUUUGUGCCAACGCCUUGAUGAAACAAUAUCAGGGCCAGUUCUGGAAACUAAUCCUGCUCCUGAAAGAGGAAUACUUUCCCAGGAUUGAGGCGGUGACCAGCAGCGGCCAGAUGGGUUCAGUCAUCAGGCUCAAGCAGUUUCUGGAGAUGUCGUUACAGAACCGACAGUUCAGUCCACCUAAAGGCCAGCUGAGCUCCACGUUCUGGAGGUCGUGAUGGAGGUCGUGAUGGAGGACGGGUCGUCGCAGCACCUGUAAGGACUGAAUAAAACAGACUAGUGUGUCGGAGGGCCCAGAGCUGCUGGGUGACGUUGAGAAUCCCGUGUCUGACUGGACGGAGCUGCUCGAGUCUUAAAAAUGACAGGAGAGCUCUGCGGAUGAUGGACUGUGCAGGUUUUCUAAAUCAUCUUUUAUUCACAUCUCCAGAGGAUCUCAUGAUGGAUGAUAACGCACUGGAAGCCAUGUUAAACUGCAUUUUAUGAGUUAUGUAUGUUAUAUUGCAUAUGUAUCUAUGGGUGGCAGCGACUACGAGGCUUUUCUGCAGACAUUUGUGACGUCUAAUACUGCGACUUGUAAAUAAAUAUGAAAUGAUGUAUUUGACAUCUACGGAUAGAAAAAAAGAACAGUAUUUUUAUGCUUUGAACAUGUGCAGGGAGUUGGAAGAUGAACUUUAGCCAGAUAAUUCAGAUGUCGGAUGUUCAGAGAUCCAGAAACUAUUAUAUUAACAUCACUUCAACACGGUUGUGCUCCAAACAGUCAAAAUGGAAAUCAUCCAAAUGCAUCUGAAAUGCUCUGAAAAGGUCAUGCUUUUAAAUAGUUUUAGGGGAAAAACAACAAACCACCUUUCUUUAAAGAGGACAUGCAAUAAUGAGGUUUUAAGUUGAGAUGUGAACCUCUGCUUUAAGAUUUUAGAAGUGCCUGUUUUUUUUGUGUGGUCCUUUUACAAUAAGUUUGUUUCUGUUCAAGGGGACAAGUUGUUUACUAAUAUUUGGUUUACAACCAAACUGCUGUGUUUUUUGUGUUUUUGCUUUCAUUAGUUCCUGUUUAAAUCAGAGUUCUGCUGACUGAUUUGGACUUCGUGCUACUGCUUUAUUAUAAAUCCACCAUGUGGAGAGAUUAGUCCUCUAAUGAGCUCUUUGAUCAUUGGAAGUGGAUCUGAUUCAGGAUCAGAAAUGCAGCAGAGUCAAAAGAUGUCAUUACUUUGCAGAGCUUUAUUUCUUUCUGUAUUUUAAAUUAACCUUAAAGUGUUUUGUUUCAUCAGAGCUGGGCUGCUUUCUUACGCUAAGGUAGAAUGGACACUUGAAAUUGAUACCAGAAAACUGACUAAAUCUACAAAAUAAUGUCCAGAAUAAAAUCACAGCAGCAAUUUAAUUGUAUGUUUUAAACAUCUGUUAAAAUAAAUCAAUCCACUGAGAACUUGGACCUGUAACUGUCAGUUUUCGUCAUUCAUACACUCUUUAAGAGUUUAAAGCCGUUCUCUCGAGACUCGAAAGAAAAUAUCAUGCUUUUGGAACAUUCGCUGAUGUACAUUACCCACGAUCUUAUGAUGAAAUAUCAUUUUCCACAAGUCUUUGGGACUCUGGGCUGAGAGAACUGUUUUGAGUGUAAUUUCUGCCAAGUCUUUUUUUUUUCCUCCAGGUAGUUGACUAAUUUGCUUGUUUUCCCUUUGCAUGUGUUUGUCUGAAAAAGUGUCAGCUUUUUGGAGUUUUAAGAGGUACCAAUAUUAAAAUAUGAUGGCUGGAAA